AAAGGCAGUGCAGUGGAUAGAAGACGUGUGCGCCGCCUGCGUUCAACAUUAUAGGUUUGUGCGUCGUCGAGUUAACUGCUUUUCGCGCGAAAGGAUAACAGAUACUUAAUCUGAAGUCAGCAAGAUGACGACGGCAAGCGUCUUGCUCACUGUAUCGACAAAUUGGGGCUCAAAUGAUCAUUGUGAAAAAGACGGGAUUGUACGAAAAGUGAGGAAUACGGCUGAAGUAGCUGCGAGUGAGCUAAGAGAGUCUCCGGCUACGAAGGAACAGGCUCUCUUUAAUAUGAGAGAAUGGAUUCAGAAGAAUCCAGAUAUAAGAAACGUAAGACAAGAUGAUACGUUUUUAUUACGAUUUCUCCGACACAAGAAGUUCAGCGUGCCAAUGGCCCAGCAGACACUACUUAAGUACUUAAACCUGCGAAAAUUCUACAGCAACUGUAUGGUAAACCUGGACUGUCAAGAUCCGAACCUGAAGGAAAUUAUUAGCAGCGGGUACAUUGCUGUUUCACCAGUUCGUGACAGCUUGGGUCGGAGAGUCAUAGUGUAUAAUAUGAGCAAAUUCAAUAUAAGCAAGUUCACAUGCUGGGAUAUGGUGCGCGCGCAUAUUGUGAUCUACGAGACAUUGAUGGAAGACCAGACGGAUCAGGUCCAUGGCUUCGUGCAUGUUGGCGAUGGUAUGGGAUCCAGUAAGACACACGUCACAGCUUGGAACCCUGUAGACUUCGCUCGGCUCAUUAAGUGGGGAGAGCAAUCCUUCCCAAUGCGCCACAAAGGUUUCCAGCUGUUCAAUGUUCCAUCAGCUCUUAAAUACAUUAUUGAUUUUGCUGCGAGCAAAGUGUCUCCUAAGAUAGGCGAGCGUUUACGUCUCCAUUCAACAAGCAAGACGCUAUACAAAGAAAUGGAUAUCACUUGUCUACCUACAAACUUUGGCGGCAAGAUUCCUCUACAAGAAAUGAUUGACUUCACUCAUAAACUUCUUGAAGAGAAGCGGCAAGUUCUUCUUGCCCUCGACGACAUGGAGAUCUUAAGUACGAGAGGAAUUUUAUCUUCAAGAAAUACCAGUUCAUCCCCCCAAGGGUCUAUAGAAGGCAGUUUUAGGAAGCUAGAAAUUGAUUAAUGGCAUUUAUAUAUUAAUUUUGGUUAAGAUUUGAGAUGUGAUUAGUUUUAAGGUAGGGCUAGUAUGUACCUUACGAGUUUGAUAUAUAGUCUUGCUGUAACUUAGUAGUAAGUAGCCUCCAUGAAAACACGUAGUUUCAAUCGGUGGUUUAUAUAAAAAUCGCUGCGUCUCGAAAAUUCCUUAAAUGUGUUUGUGAACAUAAAGGAAGGUUUUAAUUUUUAGUAUGAGAGAUGAAAUCAACUUUCAAAAUAAAUCCUAUGGAUUUAUUACACUACUGAAAAACAGUGAAUGACAAUAAUUUACAAUUUAUUAAAUCUAUCUUGGUAUAAAAAUUUAAAUUUGCUAUUGAAGUUCCAUAGUAAGCCUUACUUGGUUGUGAUGUCCAAACAUUCCGACAAGAUAUCACACAUAACAGAUUGUACAUACAGUAUUAUCUAUGAAUUUUUUUGAAUAUAGAAAUUAACUAUUACAAAGAAACCUCAAAAUGGCGUCUAUGUUAGAUUUCAUUUUUCAAUUCAAAAGAAAGGGAUACAAAUAUUGUGGCCACAUCUUACAAGUCUCUUUUACACCAACAUUUUUAAGUGGUUCUCGUAACGAGAGAUUUAACAAUAUAUCAUAGUAAAUUUUACAUUCAAAUCAAUAAAGUUGUGAUUUUAUUUUUAAUUUUCGUGCAUGGUACUCGUAUAUCUAAAUUAAUGUGACUAAAUUAAAUCAAUCUGGUACUGUUUGUGUCAAUUAUUUUGUUAGUUUCGAAUUUAUAUUCAUUAAACUUGCAUAGGAACACUACGCUUAUGUGUUUUACACUCCGAUUAAUUAAGAAUAUCAAUCAAAAGAGUCGUAGUUCAAAUUAUUAACGUAGUUUAGUGUAAACCAGUGGUGUAGCAAAGGGGGGAAUGUCGCACCAGGUGUCACCAAAGUACAAAUGAAAAAAUAAAUCGCUAGCAUAAUAUUUUCUUUUUCAAGGAUUCCUCCACUAGCACUAGCUUAGCUCUAUGUAGAAUUCGGGGAAUCCCGCAAAAGAGCCUGACGCUGUCUUGGGAUAUUCCCCGUCCCAUGCUCGCUCUCUUUUAAUAAAUAAUCCAUGUCGUUUAUGAUAUAAAAUUUCUUUCUUUUUACUUUCGAUGGGGUGAUACCACCAACUUUCUCACGGGGUGCCAUACAAGGUAGCUACGCCACUGGUAUAAACGGGUGUUAAAACGCUUCGAGAAAGCUACAGGUGGUGCAUUACGAAGAAAGCUGGCCGCUGUUGUUUGCUGAAAAAAAAUAUGUAGCCUAUACGUCAUGUUUAUAAAAGUCUCAGGAUUACCGGGAAAAAGAUUAGUUAUUCAAGGAAAAGGUCUUGGAUUUUGUUCUUUGGUUGAGUCUUUAAGUGUUAAUUUAAGGAAAUUUAAACUCCCUUGCCUUGUAUAAAGUGAUGUAUAAAUAAAAGGUAUUAAUUCUC